AUGCUAUUGGCUGUGUUUAAGUACGGGUGCCAUGAGAUGCUACUACUCCGCCAGUCCCUACACUAUAAUAUGCACACCGACUACUGGACGUGGGUUUCGAGCCGAACAGCAAUUAUUGUUUGUGAGAUUGAGAGGAAAAAUGGUUACGAAUAUUAUUUGGAUUGUUUCGGACCUAUACUCAAGGAAAUUCUGUACGAUAUCAGCACUAACUCAUAA